AUGGGUGCGUUGUGUCAACUGGUAUGUUACCGGUUCCGACGCCAGGCGGACCGUGUUUGGCUGUAUAUAAGUGGGCAGUUGUCAAGUUUAGUCACCAAGAUGGAUCUCGAUGCACGCAUCAAAGCCUAUCGUUUCGUCGCUUACUCCGCCGUAACCUUCUCGGUGGUAGCAGUUGUGUCUGUCUUCAUCGCUUUGCCAAUGGUUUAUGGUUACGUGCAACAUGUGAAGCGGCAAGUUCAUAAAGAGGUCAACUUAUGCAAGGGAUCUGCUAAAGAUAUUUGGACUGAGGUGCAUUCGCUAAAGGACGUACCAGUCUUGAACAGAACUGCACGUGAAGCAUACGUCCAAGAAGGUGGCAUUUCCGGAGGUUACGGCAGUGGAGGCUGUGAGGGCUGCUGCCUAUCAGGACCUCCUGGUCCAGGCGGAAAUCCUGGAAGACCUGGACGACCAGGAAGACCUGGAGCACCUGGAAUGCCGGGAGCCUAUGGAAAACCAUCAACCGCACUAUGCGAGGUGGUUACUCCACCACCUUGCCACCCUUGUCCAGCUGGACCUCCUGGGCCUCCGGGGCCAGCUGGACCUGCCGGUGCGCCCGGAGUCGAUGGUGUAUCUGGAGUGUCGGCCGCUCCCUCGUUGCCAGGACCACCAGGACCUCCUGGACCACCUGGACCACCUGGAAAUGACGGAGCUCCAGGAGGUCCUGGACAGCCUGGGCAACCCGCAUCAUCGGAUGUUGGAGCGCCGGGCGCACCUGGACCAACCGGACCACCUGGACCUAUUGGACCUCCUGGGCAGAGUGGAGCCGCAGGCAUUGCUGCAGCUGGUACACCGGGAACCAAAGGGCCGCCAGGACCAGCAGGUAGACCGGGAGCCGACGGAAAUCCUGGACCGCCCGGACCUCCUGGACAACUCGGAGGAGCUGGAGAAAAAGGUAUAUGCCCGAAAUAUUGUGCUAUCGACGGUGGAGUGUUCUUUGAAGACGGCACUCGACGUUGA